AAAGGAGCGACGGCGUAAAAAGAGGAGCGAAAGAGAAGAAGAUAUACCUCGGAGAUGAAAAUCGGUGGAUCGCUGUUCUCUAGGGAAUCGAAUAAGAGGUAGUAAGAGGAGGUUAGUCCGGAUGGGAGUAGCGAACACUAGAUCGUGGUCGAUUCCUUCGGGCUGUCGAGGUCGUAGCAACGAGAACGAAGGAAAAGAGGACGGCCGUCUAACCGGGUCGUGGAAAAAUCGAGUGUGCAGUGAUUCGGUAGAACGAUGACGACAACGACCGGAAGGUACGGUGCUAUGGAAAUGAGACAUUCAAGAAGCGAGGAUCUACUCGGCGUGAUCUCCGGCUCGCGGUCUCCGAGCCCUAACGUGCCUCUGCCUAGUACCGCCUCCGAGGACGACCUUAUCGCGGCCAGCGCCCUCCAUGAGGCCACUGACUCCACGGUAAAACCAACGUGUCCCUUGUUGUCCUCGAGGGUCGCCGGACCGGCUGGUUUUCCAGCGGAUCGUAUCGAUCCCGAGGAUUCCAUCCGGGAUAUUGUCACUGAAAAUGAUCUUUACAGGUUCGUGUUGUUCAAGCGUCACUACGAUAAGUACGUGGCCUUGGCGGCCAAGUACGAGGAAGCCAAAGGUGUUGCCUAUUAUUUGGAAGAACGUUAUCACGAAGUGAAGGCCGAGAGGGACAAGUUAGAGGAGACACGACGGUCGUUGGAAAAACGAUUGGAAGGUUGCGAGGCAGAACUGCGCGGCAAGGAAGACGAGCUGUUUCUGCAACUGGAACGAAGCCUUCGUCUGGAGGAAGAGGUGGAGAGAGCUAAAACCGAACGAGACAGCUGCAUCGCUGCCAGGGAUCGCCUGGAGAGGCAACGCGAGGUGGCUUUGCGUCGUCUGCAGAUGCAGCUCGCGCAAAACGAGAUCACCAGGCAAACUCUUGAACGAGCUCGUCAGGACGUUGUCAGACAGGCCACUGUCAUUCGUGCCGAGCGAGAUGCUCUGGAGAGAGAGAACGAAGUUUUGAAGGAAAAGCUACGCAUAGAGCAGGGUGAAUUGGGAGAAGAGAGACGUAGACGAGAGGAAGGUGUAGCAGCGUUGACUCGAGAGACGAUGACGUUGAGACACGCGGCCAGACACCUUCGUGCAGCGACCUUACAUGCCACGUCUUGCCGCCGUCGUCGACGGUGUUCCGUGUGUUUGUACACGAGACGCACUUUCGCCGAAAUCGAUGAUUAUCGCGAUGAUGGAAAUCUUUUCAAGUGCCUUCAAGCGCCACUGCAGGACUUACGUACCUGGUUGCGACCUAGCACAACGUCUGCCACGCCGACAUCGCGCGGACAGAGGACCAGUUCACCGUUGGCCGAUCGAGAAAUAAGUUUCAUCGAUGAUUCCAGCGUCGACAGUAGUGCCGGUGGAAGCAACGGCAGCAGCAGUAGUACGACCAGUAGUAACAGUACAUCCGAUGACGAAGCAUAUCCAAGUACUCCUGUUGCUGAAAUAUCGCUUUCAUCUGCCAACUCGAGUGCUCCAGCUACGGCUAGAGCCUUUUCAUCCGAUUCAGGGUUUUCUUCGGAAAUCGGAGAUCGAAGAUCACGAUGUUAUGAAAAUGGGGGUAGUAGCACCAGCAGCAGCAGUGGUAAAAGCAGAAAAAUCAGCGAGUCGCUAAGUUGUAGCGAACCGGACGAACAAAGCACGACAGGAUUCACACGGUCAAGGUGGACAUCCUCGUUCCGCAAGCUGCUUGGACGAAAACCCAAGACCAAGACCACGCCAGACCGCUCCUCGUGAAGAGACGAAGACUGAGAGAAGCACGUCUAUGUGCUCGAAACACGUAGUGCGAAAUCACCGUGAAUUUUAGUGCUCCCGCCCUUUUUCGGCUGCGUCGUUGAUCUGUCGAUAUUGUUCGCUUGAUCGGUAAAACAUUCCAAAGGAAUCCGUUUACAGUUAAAAAUCCAAUUCGAUACUGCCAGCAUAUUGAUAGUAAUAUAAUCCUGGUUUCUUCCUAUCAAUAACAUCGAAUUAAAGGCGCGUUAACGACCAUAUAUUUCGAGUUAUAUCGAUAUUGAAACUUAUCCUCGCAAAUGAUCGUUAAGAUUAUUUUACUUGUAGUUUAUUUUCUCGUAUUUAAGAUAAUUUGCCUGAGUUUUCGACUCUUUAUA